AACCGUCAUUUUCCUAUGCGCCCUCUGACAUCAGCCACCUUCUCUGUAGCUAGUUUCUCUGCACUCAACUUAAUCCCUGGCAAUGAAAAUGAACCUCUCCCCCACCCUUGCUGCCGCCUCUCGCCUCACGCCCCCAGAGAAGAGUUUCUCCGCCAGGCAGCAGGUGAAGGUUUUUUUCCAAGUCACAUGAUUCAGGAUGCAGGGGAAGAAUCCUUCUUGGAACAGAGAUGAGCCCAGAACUGAAUCAGAUGAGGAGAGAUAAGGUGUGAUGUGGCGAAGACUAUAUAAAGAAUGGACCCAGGACUGCAGCAAGCACUCAACGGAAUGGCCCCUCCUGGAGACACAGCCAUGCAUGUGCCGGCAGGCUCCGUGGCCAGCGACCUGGGGACCACGAGCCGUAGCUACUUCUAUUUCACCACAGCCACGCUGGCUCUGUGCCUUGUCUUCACGGUGGCCACCAUUAUGGUGUUGGUAGUUCAGAGGACGGACUCCAUUCCCAACCCACCUGACAACAUCCCCCUCAAAGGAGGAAAUUGCUCAGAAGACCUCUUAUGUAUCCUGAAAAGGGCUCCAUUCAAGAAGUCAUGGGCCUACCUCCAAGUCGCAAAGCAUCUAAACCAAACCAAGUUGUCUUGGAACAAAGAUGGCGUUGUCCAUGGAGUCAGAUAUCAGGAUGGGAAUCUGGUGGUCCAGAUCCCUGGUUGGUACGUCAUCAUUUGCCAAAUGCAGUUUAUUGUACAAUGCCCAAAUAAUUCUGUUGACCUGAAGGUGGAGCUUCUCAUCAACAAGCAGAUCAAAAAACAGGCCCUGAUGACAGUGUGUGAGUCUGGAAUCCAAACCAAAAAUGUAUACCAGAAUCUCUCUCAAUUCUUGCUGGAUUACCUGCUGGUCAAUACCACCAUAUCAGUCAAUGUGGAUACAUUCCAGUACAUAGACACAAGCACCUUUCCUCUUGAGAAUGUCUUGUCCAUCUUCUUAUACAGUAGUUCAGACUGAACAGUUUCUCUUGGCCUUCAGGAAGAAAGUGCCUCUCUACCAUACAGUAUUUCAUCCAUCCAAACACUUGGGCAAAAAGAAAACUUUAGACCAAGACAAACUACACAGCGUAUUAAAUAGUAUACUUCUUCUGUCUCUUGGGAAGAGACAGCUCCUGGGUUAAAAAGAGAGUUUUGAGUGAAGUAUCUUUCAGUUAGCAGUCAGGGAAGCAAUGCAGUGUGGUAGGCAGAGAUCCACAUGGGAAUCAGAAUGGUUGAAUGGAUGUCCCAGCCCAACCACCAAUUCACUGUAUGGUCUUGAUCUAUUUCUUCUGUUUUGAGAGCCUCCAGAUAAAAUGGGGCUCCAGUGCCAGAGCAGCUGGCAACCGUGCCCUAAUGGGAAAUGAAGGGGAGCUGGGCAUGAGUGUUUACAGUGUACCCUUCACGGAAUACUUCCUUUAUCUGCAGAUGGCCUAAUGCUUAAUUGUCCAACUUGUGAUCAAGGACUCUCUCACACAUGAAACUUCUCUAUGCUGGCGGAUACCCUUGUGACUUGUGUCUGAACCGUGCCCAGUUUAUUCCUGCCUGGCCAUCACUCUGGCACUAGGAGCCUGACCUUGUGUUCCACACAACCCCGCCCUUAGGAACCUCCAGGGAAAAACCAUGCCUGAGGCAGCCCCUCGUUCUUGAGAUGGGAAGCACAAAUUUAAUACACCACCACAAUGGAAAACAAAUUCAAAGAUUUUUAUUACAGAUCCUGGUCAGAGAGGGCAUAAUGAGUCUGAAGGGCAGUCAUCCUUCUCUGGGUUACAUGAGGCAGGAGUGAGGAGUCAGACAUUGAGAGCAAACCAAUUAGCAACCUAGGUAAAUAAAUAGGGUGCGAUCACUCUCAAUUCACUGGCAAAUGCCUGAGUGGCCUGUUUAAAGGACGCAACAGAAAAGUGGGAAAUCCAGUCUGCUAGACAAAAGAGCGAUGACUCUCAGUUCUUGUCUCUGGCAAGAGGUGCGGCAUGGAACUGGAAAACCCUACCAAGGGUGACUAAGCCUGGCUUCUGGUAUGAGAACAUUAAACUUGUAUGCAAAAUGGAUGCCAAAGCAACAUAAAAGUAUAAGAAUUCACCAUACCUUCCCCUCCCUGGAACUCAGGAUCGAAGUCUAGCAAAUGAAAGGACUGGGUUUGAAUUGCUUCCAAACCUCUUCCAUCUCAGAAGACCAGACCCUUUGAACUGAGAUUCCAGAUACAAUUUUGGAAGCUCUCCAACCAAAAUAAGGCCCCCCUACCACAGUAUACCAUUGAAGACACUAGUAUUGAUCUGACCUCAUCUCAGCAGA